UACUAGUUUAUUUGUUGAUAAGACAAAACUACGACAACAUCAAAGAACUAGAGUCUUCUGUUAAAAACAGAGGAAAUUCUUAGACCCAAAAGAUAGUGGCAUUAAAACUAAAUGGCUAAGUUUAUUUCAAGUUAUGGUACUCAAAAUUUCGUUCAUGGGAGUGUUCUUUUCUGGGUUUUUAUUUUAUUAUCACAUAUUUCCUUCCAACUUGCAACAUGUGGCUCCGUAGUAAAGUUUCUUCCUGGAUUCCAAGGACCCCUUCCUUUUGUGCUUGAAACCGGGUAUGUAGGAGUGGGUGAAAGAGAGGAUGUGGAAGUGUUUUACUACUUCAUUGAGUCAGAGAAGAAUCCAAAGGAAGAUCCAGUUAUGCUUUGGCUAACUGGUGGACCUGGUUGCUCUGCCUUGUCUGGCCUUGUCUUUGAAAUAGGUCCACUUGAGUUUAAAAAGGAAGAAUACAAUGGAAGCUUGCCUAAUCUGAUCGUGAGGCCACAUUCAUGGACAAAGGUGAGUAACAUUAUAUUUGUAGAUUUGCCUGUUUUCACUGGCUUCACUUAUGCUAAAACAGAGUCUGCUACUCAACGAAGCGACUGGAAACUAAUUCACCAAACUCAUCAAUUUCUCAGAAAAUGGUUGGUUGAUCAUCCAAAAUUUCAAUCAAAUGAAAUUCCUGUUCCAGUAAUUGUUCAAGAAAUUGUACAAGGAAAUAAAAAAGGGGUCCAACCAUGGAUUAAUCUCCAGGGAUAUUUGUUGGGAAAUCCUAUAACAACUAGAAACGAAAGAAAUUAUGCAAUUCCUUUUGCUCAUGGAAUGGGACUCAUAUCUGAUGAACUAUACGAGUCACUGCAAAAAAAUUGUCAUGGAGACUAUGUAAAUGUAGAGACCAAAAAUGUUGUAUGUUCCAGAGAUAUCAGCUCAUUCGAUGAGGCUACAUCAGGACUCAAUACAGCACAUAUUUUAGACCCUCUAUGUGAGUGGCUUGAUGUUGAAGAGGCUCCAAGAAGAUCUCUAAUUAAGAAAUAUCCCUCCAAGCUUUUCAAUACAAAUCUCAACUUGCCGCCCUUAUACUGUCGAAGUUAUCCAUAUUUCCUUUGCGGUUUUUGGGCCAAUGAUGAUAAUGUUCGCAAAGCACUGCACGUGCGUAAGGGAAGUAUUGGGAAAUGGCAUCGUUGCACCUAUGAUAUACCUCGCAAGAGUGAUGUUCCUAAUAGCUAUGAUUAUCAUGUAAAUCUCAGUAGAAAAGGCUACCGUUCACUAAUUUACAGUGGCGAUCAUGACAUGACAGUUCCAUUUUUGGCGACACAAGCAUGGAUAAGAUCUUUAAACUAUUCCAUUGUGGAUGAUUGGAGACAAUGGCGUACAAAUGACCAAGUUGCAGGAUAUAAAAGGACUUACUCCAAUCAGAUGACAUUCGCAACUGUGAAGGGUGGAGGACACACAGCUCCCGAGUUCAAGCCUAAAGAAUGUUUUGAAAUGUUUAGUAGGUGGAUAUCUAAGAAGCCUUUGUAGGAAUAAUAACAAACAAUAAACUUAUCUAAGUUGCCAAUGAAUAUGUAUAACUGAUUUGGCACAUUCCACAACAACACCACGAGGUUGGUUUUGGGCCUUUUACAACAACAAACAAAUAUAUGAAUCUUUCUAAAGAAAACGAUAAGAAAAUGUACCAUGAAAUAAUAUCCAUGGGAUUGUACUGCUUUUUU